AUGAGCGAAGACUGGGGAAGGCUUAUGGAAAGGCCUGGGACCAACAAUACACUUCGAGUAGCCACCUUGGCCCCGGGAAUUUAUGAUAUCCGUGGUACUGCUAGUUGCGAAAAUGAGCUUUCUAAAGCUAUUGAUAUGCGAUUCGAGGCGCUUGAGAAGCUCAUUGAUCAUAUCCCUUGGGAAUGGGAGCGCAGGAAGAACGUUGCGGAGACUGGAAAUUGUGAAGACGGUCCAGAUAGUAUAACAGAAGCUCCUAAAUCAUUCGACGGUCAUACUUUGUUCUGGCACGCAUGCACAAAGCUUGUCGCUGACCAUUGUGGCAUAUGGUAG